AUGAGUUUACAUAAUUCGAGGGGAAAUUCCUUUAAAGGGAUUCCCAAAAAACCUAAAAUCGAGAAAGUCGCUCUGAUUAACAAAAGCCACUUAAAAUUACAAGACAAUUUCAGUGCUUAUGAGUCUAAAUUAACUACUAGCCGAAUUAAGGGGAAACCUUUUAACCCUGAUUUAUACUCAUUAAAAAUUGACUUUGCCUCUGAAGAGUUCGGCACUAAGAUUAUCGCUCAUUCCAAGACCUUAUCAAAAGUAUCCAAGAUUUUGGAAGAUGAUUCGUGUUCAUAUAUGCUUACACCUUGUAAUACUUCGGACUGGUUUGUUUUGUCUUUCCCCGAGAGUAUUUUGAUCCAGGAAAUAUCAUUUCUAUCUUUCGAAUACUAUUCAUCAUUAUACAAGAAAAUUAGAAUCUCAAUUACAAGUUCUUAUCCUAGUGGGAAAUGGCUUACCUUAGGUGAAUUGGAAACCGACCCUUCCAGAAAUGAGAUUUUCGACCUUUCGGUCGUCUGUAACACUGAUAAAAAUGAUUGUUGGGGUAAAUACUUGAAGGUUGAACUCCUAGAUUACCACAAACUCGAGUUAAACUACUAUUGCUCAAUUACUAAGAUGAUGGUCUUUGGAAUAACCGCUGUAGAGUAUUUGGAAACUGAAAUCUCUGACGACAGUUCUCUUUACAAUACAUUCAUUCAGCCAAAUGGUACUGGAUAUCCCCCAAUCACUCAUGAUACUAAUACUGUGGAUGAAAGUUCUGUUGUCUCGAGUAAACACUUGACUGGUAUGGUUACUAAAGGUAGUGAUGUGGAUAGCAUUGUGGUUACUAGUAAAAAUGAACCCCCAGUUGAUAAAGAAGUUUGUGAAUUGAAUGUGUUUGAUGAAUCUCCGAUAAAGAAAUUGUCAGAUUUAAAGUGUUUUGGAAAGAGUUCCGAAGUGUUGAACCCAACCUUUGUGUAUGAUAUAAAGAAUGUUAUUGUGAAAUCAUUUUACAAAUUCCUAAUGCGACUAGCACUGAGAAAAGAUGAUAAUUUUCAUAAUAAAAAGCUAAUUUACAGAGUAUUGAAGAUUGGGAAAAUUAAAAAGUAUUGCGGUACAAAUUUCCUUUUCCAGUUCGACUGUAACAGGUUCAUCACACACUUACUUUUGGAAAAGUACUCUGUAUAUUAUUCUAACAUUUUGGAUCGAAUUAAACUCCCUUCAAGACAUCUCUGGCAUGUUAUAAGUAGGAUAAUGAAUGAUGUGGGAAUUAAAGAGGUACCAAUUUUGGUAUGUACAGAGUCGAUUGGUUUCAUUUCCAAAUUCAAGUGCUAUUUCUACUUUAACCUGAAAUCAUUUUCUACUCUUCUUUUUACUCAAUUUACUGAGGGUUACAGAAUUCACACAAUUAACUCUAGAAAUUCUAGAUUAAAUCACAAUUUGCUGAGUAAACUAUAUUUCUUUUAUGUUGACAAUAAAAUUACUGUCAUGACAGCUCCCAAAUUUAGAGGAUUAACAGUAGAUGACGAGAGUUUAGUCAAAAGAUACGACUACAAGGUUAAGGAUAAGUAUAUAUCAACUGUCACUGUAAUAAAUAAUAAGUUGUAUGUUAAUAUGUCAUCCAGUUAUUCCACUCAUUUUCCCUUUGAUAUAGACCCACCAGAUCCCAAACUUGAUAAUGAACUAAUCAAGGCAAAUACUUCCUUGUAUAAAGAUAAUCUAAAUAGAUUAAACAUGUCAAAAAGGUUCGAUCAAAAGGUCAAAUUUCAUGAAAAGGAAAAGUUUAAACAUCAUAAUUAUUACCAAGAUGAAAACACAAAGUCUACAGAUUCUAAAACACAUAAACAUGUACUUUUAAAAUUAUCCGAACGUAUAAAAUCUCUCGAAUUCCUAACCAAUAAACUUUCCAAUAAAAUUUAUCAACUUGAAAAUCUACUCAACUUUUACAUUAAAAGACAAUUUUAUUACAAUCAACAUGUGGAAUUGGAACGUGAACUGAAUGAUGAGUUUGAAGUAAUAUUAAAAGUAUUGGAUAUAAAGAAAUAUAAAUUGGUUGUACGAGAUAUUUCGAGUCUUAGAAAUGCAUUAAGGAAAACUGAAUACUAUUAUAAAAGAAUAAAACAAUAUAAUGAAUAUGAGACAAGUUAUUUGUACAUUAAAACCCGUGAUCUUUUACGUUUAAAAAAAAGUUUAUGUAAAUUAACAAAUUGCACUUCUGAAAGGAAAUCAUUUAAAAGAUGUUUAUUUCUAUGUAAAUUAAGCAAAUUUUAUAAACUCUUCAAUAAACGAAAGUUGGCCAAAUCUAUUGCAAAUUAUGGUUGUAAAUGUGUUCACAGUACUCAUUUCCAUAAUUUAUCUCUAGACCAAAGAGACGAAUGGUUGUAUAUGGACAGAAAUGACAAUUAUAAUGUUUUAUUAAUUUUAAAUGAUCUUGUUUGCUUUUUUAGGGAUAAAUUUUCUGGUUACUUUAAUUUUUAUUUUCUAUUCCUCCUGUACAUUUGUACACAAAUAUUUUGGAUUUGUAAAUUCAACUCACAUGAUAAAAAAAUCAGAAAAUUACUCAUUUUAAAAAAUAAUUAA